CGUUGUGCGCGCUCUUUACAAUACCGUAACUCUUGGUUUCUUUUCCCGCGGAACGCCGAACGAAUCGCAGAAACGCACACGAGAAAUAUUGCCAGUGAUGCUGGCCAGCAACGCUGAAAAAUAUCGUGCACCGAUUUACGUAUAUUCGAACGUGUUGUACGUUUACGUGGCAAUUAUACCGAUUUACCGAAUUUAUGAGGUGAAAGAUACAUUGUGUCUUCUCUGAAUGCGUCGCGAGCUGUAUGCAGAAUGAAGACGUCCAGAGAGGUGGGGAUGUCAGCAUUGAAGUGACAUCGAUUCGCGAUGGAUCCCCCUGACCUUUUUCCAAAGAAAUCGAGUCACACGCGCGUAGGUAGACCAAGCGUUUUAAACGCGACCUCGUUUGCGAGACCAACGUGGUAGCGACCGAUAAAUACGCUUGCAUCGCAUCGAUAAUAUAUACAAGGGGGUUUUACUGCGAGCGACGGCCAUACACGACUGUGACAUGUCUAUAAUAGCCGUGUAUUCGCGGAUACACGCUCGUGCAUGCACGUGAUGCGUCGGGAGAGAAGAAGAGAGAGAAAAAGAGAGAGAGAGAGAGAGAGAGAGAGGGGGGAACACACGUGCAAGCUUACAUACGUGCAUAAACUGGCGGUGUACCAUAAACCGUUAUGGUGCCAGUAUACCAAUCCAGGCGCAGGCAAAAGGGAUGACGUGCUCGCUGCACGCUAACUCUGAUUCUGAUAUCUUGGUAACUUUAUUGAAGGCCUAAACGAUGGCCAGUGUUCGCCCGUGAUAUGACGGUCCGUGAGAAAGUUUAUGGAAAUCACGAGAGAGCACCUUCGCGACAGUUACCAAUGUCCUGUUGCGUUGCUCUUAGACAAGGAUGUGCAUUAAUCGGCUGAGGCCUCGGCGUCUAUCGUCACGGAUUGAACGCAUGAAGGUACACGUAUCAUUAGUGCGUAUCAUUGCUUCAUCCGGACUCUCAUACGAGAAAAUCGCGAGUACCCACGCCAUUGGAGGUCUGCUAGGCACAGCAAGAGCAGCACGAGCCGAGCCUGCGGAGUCGCGGUCGAGCGGAGGCGGUGGGAGCCGUCCUCUCCAUCGUAGCGAGGAGCGAGGAGAAGAAGCAAAAAGGAGUCGGACGUCGAAAAGUGGGACAUCGCUGAUUCAGCAGAUCGAUGUUUUAAAGAAAAGGUGUGUUCAAUGUAAAAUGGAGGCUGCAUGGACGCUGCUUAACUGAGAUCCCAUCAUUCGCCUCGGGUCGAAGAGUCGAUAAUUCCUGGCGAAGGUGUCCGUGAUGGAGCGAGGCCUCCCUCGCAAGGGAGGAUGUCACGAGAUAAGGUAGGUGAAAUUCCUCCAUCACGAAGCACGCAGGUAAAACAGAAGAGUGGCAUCACUUGAGAACGAUCAGGACGGAAAGCGUGUGUUAAGAGUUAAGAGUAGAUGCGCAGGAAGAGAUAGAGUGUCGCCGAAGGCGCCCCUUUUCGUACAUUAGGUGUUGGUUUAGGCAAGGGUUUCGAGAAAUAGAUAAAUAUCCGCCAUGAAAAAAACAGGAAGUUCCUCUACGUGGGCGGAAUCUCGCUCCUUUUUCGGGAUCGAUAUUUGUGUGUAUCUUUUUUACUCUGCCUCUUCAUCACGCGUGAAUUCACAACUCUUGAGGGUAAGUUCGUAUUCCAAAUGUGUCGAAGCACACGUCUCAAGGGGAACAACGGCGCACUCGAGCGAGACGUUUCGCAGAUACCGUCGGUACCACCUUUUCCGGUUCCUUGGGAAAAAGAACAGAAAAAAAAAGACUCGCGGAAUUAUCUUAAGUGGAGAAACGCUUUAAGAAUAUUUUAAGUCGUUACCGGUGGUACUUGAAAGUUUCCGGGCACUCGAGGGCUGCGAAGCCAUUAUCGAUUUGACGCACUCUACAAGACUCAUCUGUGCAUCUGUGAUUUGUCACCAACAUCGUGAGGCACGCGAUUUUUAUAGAGAGCGACUAGAUUCUUAGUAGUUUAUUUUUUGCAUAUUUAUAUUAGCAAAAAUCUUAUCAAGUUUUAUGGCCUAUAGUCUAUUUCAUCUCAAAAUUUUAUUUCAUUUUCCUUGAAAUAUUGGAGGAGGUCCAACAGGAUGCGCAUGAAAUCUUUCCGGGUGUCAAGUGACUGACCGAGAUGCACAAAAAAUACUGACCUUUUUUUUGAGACCCAUCAGUGCCAUUUAUUAUAACGUUGCCAGCAGGAAGUAAGUAAAGUAGCACCGGAGGAAAUAAGCGGACUAAGUAGAUACGAAUAGUUUGAUUGAUGAAAAGCAAUUCGAUCACUCUGUGCAUCUAGCAAAAAAUUGUUAAGAGAGAUUAAAUUGGUUCUCUAAAAUUGUCGUGGAAGUCGUCAAUCUGUCUGUCGCGAAAUGAAUGACGAGCUUACGGCGGAGGAUAUGAAAUAUGCAAGAUUACACCUUACACUUCACAUGUCCUUCGUCCAAUGAAUUUUAUCUUACCUGUUAUACAAUUUGUUAAUCAAAUAGUACACAUAUACUAGUCAUAAAAAAAAUUUUUUAACUAUAAUAUUUGAUAUAGAACUGUAGCUUUGAAAGAAAACUUUAUGUUGUUCAUAUAGUUUGGAAUAAAAAUUGAAACAAAGAUAGACAUUCGGCAUAAUAACACAUUAAUAACAAUUAUUCACACUCGAUGACAAUUCGCUUUUGCACUUCGUUUACAAUGUCUAUCUACACCUAAUAAAAGAUUCUUACACCGAAUUCUUAAGCCAUCAAGUCAGAAUUAUGUGUAUAAUUCAAGGAAUGUAAAUAAAGUUUUGAAAAAGAGGCUACAGAAAACUUAAAACUUUCACUAAUAUAUUUGCAAAAAAUGUAUCAUCUUUUAUUUCUUUAAUUUAUUAUUCUUAAAGAAUGAUCCAACAAGUCGGAGUUGUGAUUUACGUUCUCUUCGAAAAAAAAGAACCCUCCUAAUUUGAACUGGUUGUGUCUACAUUCUUUCGCUCUCGUUCGGCCGUAAAAUCCUGGUACAUCUUAUCAGCUAACAAUGCUAUUGGAAAACACUAACAAUAAAAUAUUCAAACAGAAUCGCCUGCCGUACAGUUGACAUAGUUUAAAUGUCUUGUUGAUGCUGAUCUUAAAGUCAUAAACUUCACUAUUUAAAUCACGGACAUUUUUGCGUAAAAGAAAUCAAUUAUUUGUUGCUUAUAAUCGAUCGAUUACCACAAGCAUUUCUAACAAGAAAGAUCUAAUAAGCAAUUUUUCUAAAUUACAAAAUCAUUUUGUUCUUGUUUUACCAAUUUAUAUAAUUAUUUACCAUAUAUUAAUUUU